AUGCUCUCCGUCAAGAUCCUCCUGGCACUGCUCCCCUCGGCUCUCGCCCAGUUCACAAUCGGCGAGGUUGUCGAGGACAACUACAUCAUCACUCUGAAGCCCAAAGUCAACGAGACUGAGAUAGAGCAGCAUAUCGAAUGGGUUGACGAUAUCCACACCGCGAGUUUACUUCGUCGUGGUGAAGAUGGCGUUGACAAGGUUUGGAACUCGACGUUUAAGGGGUACUGUGGUGAGUUUGAUAAGAGUACCAUCAGACGGAUUAACCAAAGCGAGGAUGUCCUCGCCGUUGAACCGGUCAAGAAAGUAACGCUUGCCACCGUCCAGCGUAACGCGGAAUGGGGUCUUGCCUCCAUCUCGCAUCGUACUACUGGGUCAACCGACUAUCUCUAUGAUGCAUCUGCUGGAAACGGCAUGUACGCUUAUCUCGUUGACACUGGUAUAAACUACGGGCAUCGAGACUUUCAAGGUCGAGCCUCGCCUGGCUACAACGCCUAUCCCGGUGUUCCCUUUGUCGAUGUCAACGGUCAUGGAACCCACUGCGCUGGUACCAUUGCCGGCAAGGUGUAUGGUGUAGCCAAGAGAGCAAAUCUUAUUGCAGUCAAGGUUUUUCACUCUGGCAGUUCAACUACUGCCAUCGUUCUCGACGGGUACAACUGGGCAGUCAACAACAUUACCAACACGCCUGGUCGUAACCAACAAUCCGUGAUCUCCAUGUCCCUCGGCGGCGGUAAAUCCGAUGCCUUCAAUCUAGCCGUGGAGAUGGCAUACCGUCAAAACAUCCACACCGUCGUAGCAGCAGGUAACAGCAACGUCAACGCCAAUGACACAUCGCCCGCGUCAGCCCAAAACGCAACCACAGUCGGCGCCAUCGACAAAAACAACAACAGAGCCAGCUUUUCCAACUUUGGCCCCUUUGUGGACAUCUUUGCGCCUGGCGUGUCGAUCAAGAGUACUUGGAUCGGCAGCGAUAGUGCGACUGAGACGUUGAGCGGUACGAGUAUGGCGUGUCCUCAUGUCGCGGGUCUGUCGCUGUAUCUCAGAGCGAAGGAGGGUUUGAAAACUGUUAAGAGUGUGCAGGAUAGGAUUAAGCAGUUGGCGACCAAGAAUGUGAUUGCUAAUGCUGGUGCUGGGAGUCCGAAUUUGUUGGCUUACAAUGGAGGUGUUCCUACGAGGACAACGUUUAGGAAAGGUGAUUGGGUGUAA